AGCGGGGUGAGAAGGGACCUCCACAGCGGAUCUGCCCAAACUGAGGGCAGAUUUUGCUGUCCUUCCCUUGAGCGCCGCUCGGCUCUGAAUAGCCAGUGUGUUUCAGCGGGGUCGGGAGGAGCAGCAGCCCUGGAAACACUCAGACGUAUCACUGCUGAUAUCGUAGCCGUCUCUGGGAAAGCUUUCUGCUUGGACUUCGACACUUGGGCGUCUGCACUUGUGAACAUUGCGGGUCUGCCUCCACUGGCACAGCGACUAGGAGGAGACCCUGACCGGUUCACUUGCAUUGCAUUCAGGUCCCUUCCGACCCUAACGUCUAUGAAUCUAUUGCGUAAAAUAGGACAGGCAACCGAGACAGAUGUAGCUGUCACAGCCGCCAGGUAUUACUGGGGACGCAGGUGCGGUGUGAACGAUGUUACGAACAAUAUGUAUUUUCAAUCCUCUAUUCCGAAAAUUAAGCUUGUAAAAAAAAAAGUCAGAGCAGCGUUUAUUUAGGAGCCUAAAUGUGGCCUCUGUAUUUGAAAAUGCCUUAUUUUUUAACAUGGCAGUGGCCUUUUAGGAGAUGGACACGCAGGGUUCUGGGGUAGGACGCUUCUAGCUAAGGUAGGACGAGUAUAUUUGCAAGUGAUUUGCAUUUGACAGAAGCCAAAAAUUAUCUGCUUGAGGACCUCAAGAUCUUCCUAAACAUUGCCAUUGUUAGGGGAUGCUGCUUUUUGACAGAACGUAGGGCCAGGUUUAUAAAUAGUUGGUCAUAGAAAGCAGAUCUUGCAGAGAGAGACCUGUGCACAUGCUUAGCUUUGCACCCUGUGAGCAGUGACCUCAGACUUCAGUAUGACUACCCACAGGGCAGAGAAUUAAAUACAAGCUUAAAUCUGUGCAGGAUUACAGCUUAAAAUAGUCCCUCCCUCAUUCCCCUGGUUUUUCAUUACACUAAAGUGCACAUUUAUUUCUGUAGCAAAGUCCACGCUAUCAGAGUACAGUCUGAACAUGCACGCUCCUCUGAGCAAAACAGUGCCACAAAGCAUCAGGUGCUGGUGGUCACUGCUGUAGGCAGUAUGGCAAACCUUCUGCAAUUAUUAAUUUCGUGAGCUGCCUAACUGAGCUGCAAAUUACAUUCAGGAGGGCAGGAGAACUGUAUUAAUUAAAGUAAUCAUAAAUUACAUUCCCUACAAUAAAAUACUUUAAAAAUCAAUACCUUCCAGAUAGCCUGGGAUUAAAAUAGAUGAACUUUCCCUUAAAAGCAGGCAAGCAAUUUAGUAGACAGCUGGGAGCGUCUGUGCUUAAUGGUGGGUGGGAAUUGAAUCUCCUGACCCUGCCUUCUCCACCACUUUCUUCAUUACCAGGCAGGUCAUGACUCCAGAUAUUAAUGCACCAGAACCAAACACCAUGUGGGGGGCGGGAUGGAAAAAAAAAUUGGUCCCUUUGUAUUGCCAAAUAAGGACAAUGAACACCCUAUGUGCAGUUAAGGAGGUGUCCAAUUUUAUGGCACGAGUUUGAAUUUAAUAACACGCUGAUUUGCAUUAUACACAACAGGCAGUCAAACCCCGUGGGGAGGGAAGGAAUAAAUGUAUGCAGUCAGGAGGCACCGUAAAGACGGCCCAUCGAAAGAACCAGUCUUUUUGUGGCUGGUCAGUGUAACUGGAGGAAAGUUAAAGAGUCAGAUUUGCAGAAGCCCAGUUUGGGAGCGGGAGAAAAGGGAGAAACUUGGCCGAGCUCCCAGUUCACAGAGGGAAGGGUAACUGCAAAUGUAAUCCUAUCCCAGUGCCAGCGUGGGAUUCGUGGAGUCCAUUUCUUCUCCCCCCCCCCCCACCCUUUUUGCCUGUUGAAAAGCUACGUCAGAGUGCAAAUCCUUGGCGCUUGGCUUGGGCUGCAGGUGUUGCAGGCACUUGCCCUGCCAGCCCAUCUAUCGUAGCACAAGCUGUCACUGAGCCGAGCAGGGCAGCCGUCUCACACAGAGCUCAGGUCUGGACAUGCUUUAACCCGUUUUCACAUUGCCCUCCAAGAAAGCCAGUUCAGCACUCGCAUGCGGUCACGUCCCAGUUCACCGGGUGAGAAGCCCUUCAUAUCCCAGUUGCUUGUUUUCCAUCAGAGCUGAUGGUCGUCAGCAGCUCUGACGCCCCUCUGCACUGGAAUUCAGUCUGGUCAUUUGACUCUUCGGCGCACAGUGUUUUCAAGGCAGGAUCGUCUCAGCUGACUUUCAUUCUUCAUAAGAGCAAGCGAUGUGGUACAGACAUAGGACUCUAGAGUUUGGAUUGCACGGACUGAGCGCUGGACCAGAGCUGGUCCUAUCUCGGUCACUCUCUAGGCCUGUGUUAGGAACUCAUGGGUGCUGUACCAUGCUGCACGGCCCCUCGAGGGAGGCUGUCAAAGCACACGGCAAAGUCUUUGGUGCCACUGCAAGCAACAGCAAAACUCCUGUGACAGCGUUGGAACAAGAGUCUGACCACGAUCCCAAGUACCUGCCUUUGCGAGACACGCAAGCAUCCUCUCCAUUGAGCAGGAAAAUCAACUUGAGCAUAGGAAAGCAAUCUGGUUUGCACGGGGCCACACAGUCAAGCACGGACUGGAGCAGAGGAGCCCCCAUUUCUAGCUCCCCUGCUCAGAGCACCAAACAGCAGCAUAAUAAUUUAGAGCAUAUGAUUUCUCAGCAGUUUUGGACUGUAAGCUCCCGGGGACAAGGGAUGUUUUCUUGUGACACUGUCAUAUAAAACGGGAUGCAGGCAGGAGGCUCGGACACUGCAGCGAGACACAAAAGCAAACGGGCUGUGGUUCAGCUGAAGUGACUUUACCACUAGGCUGCAUUUGGGUUUUAUGGAAGCACAGUUCAGGUUAAAGUCUACCCCAAACUUCCUGCCUCCUAUUUGGCUAGCUGUCAGUAGCAUCUCGAGCUGAAUAGUAAAACCAAACACAAAACCUGUUGAGCUAAUUUCCUGCUCAUAAAGUCAGCUGGGAUAUUGAAAACCCUGGGAAAAAAAUGCUAUUCAUGCUAUGUGAAAAAAAAGAGAGAGAGAGCAAACAAAUGAGGAUCAGGAAGCCAAACAUGGUAUCUUUCCAAUUUCCUGCCCAUAAAUUCAAGGGCAAUGCUAGGGAACUGCAGCAGGACAAGGGAAAUGCAGGGCUCUGGAGGAAUAUUUAUGGCAUGGCCUUGCAAGUGACUUAGCUAAGUGCAGCUUGCACAAAUAUUUAUGCCUGAAGGUCUUGCUGUGGCAUGAAUGGGAAAAUGCUGCCAGCCUCCACUUCAGCCCGGUUUCAAACAAGCAAGCGAAAUAUUGUCUUCAGGCUCUGAAGUCAGUGCAUUCACCUGCCUGUAAGACCUGGUCAGAGGGAGCUGGAAGCCCUUGUGCAAUCUGAGAGAUGCUGUGCAAAGUCGGGACCUUUAUCCCAUGAAAAGGGGUUGCCUGUCAUGACUCUUCAUUCUGCAAAACCCCAAAGAAAGCCCAUUCCACUGGACCCACUGGGAGUCAUAGAUCUUGCUUAGCUAGGUCCGACCCAAGUCUAGCAGCUCGCCCUGUGUGGGAGUGGGGUUAUGGAAAUGCUUUCUUAAUACUGGGUUUGAUUUGCCCUUCUUGAUGACUGGGGAGGUCCUUGGCACUUGGGCAAAAUGAAGGAAAAAUGUUCCCAAAUCAGCAGCACCCUUUGCAUGAAGAAAGUGCAGGACAGUGAGUGGGCCCGAUUCUCCUCUUAACAAAAUGCCAAUGAAGAGUAGUUUACCUGAAGUCCAUCGUUACCCCGGUGUACCUGGGACCAGACAUGGGGUUGUAAUGCGGAUUAAAAACUAGCAGCAGUCUAAACCUUGUUUGCGGCAUUGUGAUUCUUCUUAGGGAACCCAGCAUCUCUUGCAGCGUUUUGUUCAAGAUACAGUGUUUGACAACAUCAUCUGCUUUUAAACAAGAAAAUAUUGCUUAGAAUUGAAACCUCCUUUACUCCAUUUAUACAGCGUCCAGGUCUGGUGCUUGGGGCAGCCUCUGUUUUAACAGCUCGCGUUACGGCCGACAGUCUAGCGCGCCUUACUAUGAACAUCUCAGGAAUCGAGCCCUUGUUGCGAGUGACAGAAUACAGACGCUUUAUUUUUACACCCUCUUUCUUGCUGAGUCCUGUUCUGGUAACUGGGGGUUGUACUGGCAAAAUGUCCCAAUACUGUUUUCCUGAAAAGGGAGAGGCUGUCUGGGUGAGCUGCCAGUGAAGUUUUGGGUGAGGUCGGUUAGCCCCUAUGACAAUCCCAUGGGGUUGUUACCUGUCUGCGUCUGCAGACUUCACAGGUAGAGAAGUUUGUGGUCAAUCCAGAACAGAAAUGUAAAGAUCCGGGAGUGGGAUUCCCCAAGGGCCUGUCGUCAUCAGAGAGCAAGCACUGUGCUCUUUCAGUUAUCGCUGUUUGUUAUAAACUGUGCUCGGCCCCGUGCAGCAUAGUACAACGCACAAGUUAGGAUGGCAGAGAAGGAAACAGCAGGACAGGCAGAGGGGGCCAGGUCUGGCUCUGUUUAGGUGCAGAAAGGAUGGUUCAGGUGUUAGCUUGGGAUUUGGGUGACCCAUGCUCUACCACUGACUCCUUUUGUGGCCUUGGGCAAGUCACCCGGCUUCUCUGUGCCUCGGUUCCCCACCUGUACAAGGCAACAUUUCCCUGCUCGCUAGAGUAGGGGCAACACACGGACAACUGUGCUCGGAGGCUGGGGAAUUUCUGGGCAUCGAAACCCUGCAGGCUGGUGGGGCGGGAGGAAGGGAGCUGUCUGAUGGGCACCCCCUGAAAAGACUUCCCCCUCUUUUUCAACCGACCCUUUAUCUGGAGGCAGCUCUCUUUGCCCACACUCUGCUGACCAUGCUUCCUUACACAUCGCCUGUGUCCCAGCACCCCUCGACUCCCCGCUGAGGACCUGCCUGCCUGCCAGGCCAGACGACUUGGCAGAGGAAAACAGAAAUAGGCACUGACAAGCAAGCAAAUGAGAAGCGUUGAGUCACUUGGAAAAGCGCAUCUCGAAAGACUAUAUCUGCCCACAACACGUCUUCAUAUCCCCAGGUUGUCUCAGGAGCAGCAACGGACUGAGGCAGGGGAGAGACCUGCUGGUUGGAACAGGAGAGAACGAAGAAUGGUUGAGAUUCAGGAAGAAAGCCGAACCUCUUAAGUCCUGGAAAGAUCAUUUGCAGAUUAGCAGCAUAGUGUCAGCCUUAAAAUACCUUUGACUCCUGGCUUUGGAAGGUAAAAGCCUUGGUGGAUUGGCCCGGGCUGAGGUGAGAUUAGACCUUCUGGCUGACUUUGCGGCCCGGGAGAAGCUCUGUGCCACGUGGAGCUUCCCUGGCGGGCAUCAAAACCGGCCCAGCUGGCUGCGUAUCCCCGCACGCAGGAGCACCCCGGGACAGAGGAGGGCACAGCUGGCCUGUAUUGCACCCUGGCAGCAGCUCCCCUGGCCACUGCGAUGCUUCAGAUGGCAUGAUGUUGCGUCUGCAACCCCCCAGGACCAAAGCACAGCAACACCACCCUGAGCUGGGUUUGCACCUCCACGUCCCCCAUUUCACUGUGCCCGAGGGUGAACUGGCCCCACGAAGACCGGAUUGUCCAUUUCCACUCCCACCUGCGUAAUCUGGGGGUAUCGAGAAACCUCCGUUCAGCUUUAUGCUGACUUGUUGAUUUCCUGCCUCUUUUUUCUCUUAAAGAAGCAAUUAAGGGCUUUGGUCGCUGGUUUAGCUCCUGAGAAGCCCCUCCGGGACUGCGGCUUGUUUGUUCGGCUCUGAUCCCUCUGAGAGGCAUUGGAGACCCCACAACCUCUGGCAGAGCGAGCAGUUUGGGGAAGGCAGGAGAGCGUUUUGGACUCACCCCAGGGCAGCUGCAUAAACUCAGGGCCCAAGAACAGGGCUGCCAGGUGCCGGGAAGGCAGAAUAUUGGAUCAGAUCCUGGCUCCCUUGACAGUGAUCUGCAAAGGAAAAAAAAAUUUGGGCUCGUGCCCUUGCUCGCUCCUUUGUAACGAAGAAUGUCCCGGAAGCGGCAAGUUCUUUCAAUCAGUGUAUGGGUGUUGAUUGACUUUUACAGUUUAAUUUUGUGUUUGCGACGCAGAGUCGGGUUUUGUUUGCUCUGAAAGAUACCGCAGCUAAGUGCAUGGAGGAUGGGCAAAAUGAUGCCGUCCCACGGGUCAGGGGAGCAAACGUGAGCCACCGAGAAAGGCAAGUGAGAGUGAAUUGGUUUGAAACUGCUUGGUUACGUUAACCACCAUGUCAUGUCUAAUCUUGUUCUUCCAGCCAAACUCAGGGAAGAGGAGGCCUGAAAUUUCAAACAUUUCCAUGAUAAAACCAAGCAGUAAUGAAAGGAGCCCCCUUUACCAGAAAAGUCCGAGUAAGGCAUAACCUCAGCACGAAAAUCCCUCUCGAGUGACCACUGAAUUCAGCUCCCACAAAGAGCGAGGUUCUCAAUCCAGGGGCAAACACAGAGACCAAAGGAGCAGCUCCAGUCUAAAAAAAAGGGCCCCUAUUAUAUCAUCCUUUUUAAAUACCGACUGUUGUUUGUUGCUGGCUCUGUUGCCUCUCGGCAUUAUUAUUAAGAGCUGCUAUUGCAGCCUGCUCCUUCCUGUUCCCUUAGCAAUGACUUCCUCUCACAGCACUUCUUUUCCCUAAGAGCUGGACAUCUGUCUUCCUCCUCAUUAGGACAAACACUCUCAAAGCCCUUCUUUAUGAUUCUCUCCAGUCAGCUGGAAGCUAUGAUGUGUUAUCUAUUCAUUUUUUUUUUCCAAUCAGCACCAAAAUAUUGCUGUCGUCCAGGGCAGUCUAGAGAUGGGCUGGGAAUAAGAACAACGUUGGCUGGAGGAGAGUGGUUAGAGCAGAAUUCCUGAGCUCAGGCCUCAAUAGGAAAUUUAUCCAUGAAGGAGGUUGGAGACGGGCUGCAUGAACAGAUGAACUGCAUGAUGGGUGCCCUGCAAGAGUUGAAACUCCUCCAGGUCCAGACAGCUUUGGAGCAGUUGGAGAUUUCAGGGAGUCGCAACCCGGUCUCCGGCGCUGGGCAGCAGCACCAGUGCUGUCGAAAUGGCAGAGAGGGGCCCAAAGCCAGGCUGGAAACCAGCAGGCAGAACGAGAGGGUGGGCAAGAGAUCGGUGGAGGAGCGCAGCUCCCUGGCUAUGGCCAACCCCACCCAGACGCACCCAUCUGCCAGCCUGUUUGGCCCCGUUACUUUGCCAGACAGCGGCCACCACAGACACGUGGCUUCCUCCUUCAGGAAUAUCUAUAGCGAAGACUAUUAUCAUGUUAACAGACCUUCCUCGACCCUGACCGCAGCAGAGUAUUGCCCGCCAAGGACAUUUGAGUCGGCCAGUUUGGGCUCGACCGGAAGCCAGCUUUGCAGAGACACGCGCGGCCUCCCCCAGAGCCCGCCUGGCAGUCGAGCCGGCUGCAGGGAGUGCCAGCUGUCGGACGAUGCCAACGACUGGACUUCCUCCCUGAUGUCUCAGAGCAGAAACCGGCAGCCUCUGGUCUUAGGGGAUAACAUCUUUGCAGAUUUGGUUGGGAACUGGUUGGAUCUGCCAGAGCUGGAUAAAAAGGGCGAGAAGAGCGAGCCCUCCCUCUCGCCCAGUAAGUCUCAGGAGUUCUGCAGGAAGUUCUCCCUCACCACCAACAUUUUCAAGAAGUUUCUGAGAAGCGUCCGGCCGGAUAGGGACAGGCUCCUCAAGGAAAAACCAGGCUGGCUGCCCGCGGGAGGCAGGGAGACGGAGCUCUCCAAGAGACCCAAAAAGGCCAGCAAACAGAAAGGGACGUUUUACUUUCCCCUCCAUGGGAACAUGCAGAACAAUCACAGCAAAGCGGAGAGGUGCCCCAAGAUGGAAACAAGCGGUGACAAAUCCAAGCACUGUGCCAAGAAGGUGCACGACACCAUCGACUACACCCAGUCAGGCUUCGAUAUUAAUACGGCUGUUUGGGUCUGAGCUCCCCUGCUCAGCCGUCGUGUUUGAAACCAGAGAUGAGCUGGAGGGCACACACGGCCGCACGCGAGACCCCUCCACACCUCUGCCACGCCACGUGCCGGGGGAAACGGAGGGCAUGCAGUGCAGUGCACUUCAGGCCCACGUAAGGACAGCUUCACGGCAGCCGCUGGGGAAGGAAGCCGGAGCAGCAGCUGAAUCAGGAUGUGUGCCGAAGCUUGCCAGAGCCGGCGAGAGUAACGUGAAUCCUUGACCGCUGGCAGUGCCACGGAGACCCAAUUCCCUUCCCAGUUUGCAACUCUCACUGGUUAUGGCAGCUUCCAUGUGGUUCAUCUCUGGUUAAAAUAGAUGCACUACAUAAAACGCGGUGUGUGUGCGUGCGUGUGCACUAUAUAUAUAUAUAUAUAUAUAUAUAUCUAUUUUUAAAAAAAAAUCUACUCUUCCUCGUGUGCACUUAAUACUGGGUUACAAACCAAGCAACUCAAAAGUUGAUCUCAAAGCACUUAAUAUUUAAAUGAAAAGAGUUAGGUAUGACUUGACGAGAGGCACUGAACCGUUGUUAAAGCCGGGUGUGGAUGCCUGAGCAUCACACCACAUUUCAGCUAUUCUCUUUUUUCAAAGGUGUCUCCAGUAUAGUCACCAUGUCUGUGCUUACCAGUGUCAGUUUAACCUGUAGCGAGUAACCAGAUCCAUGCUUGGAAAUUUGUGAUGUCCAGAAAUCCUUCGCCCAUUUUGCUUAACCCUUCAUGGCCUUAACCUCAGAUGCCGCGCUGAGACUUUAUGUCGGGUUGUUGGGAUUUUUUAAGUGUUGUUGUGUACAGAUUUAGCCUUGAGAGAACAGAGUUCUUCAGUGUUCAGCUCUCCAAGAGCUCCUAAUAAAGAGAUGUCAAAGUCUUCCAAA